AACUUUGAUUCCACGUUUAAAAGUAGUCUUAAAUUUGGGACUGAAAAAAAGCCAUCAGAGCUUACGUUGACGUCACGAGAUGACGCUAAUGCUUGAAUUUUAUUUACGUCCUUGAAUCAAACUCAUCGUGGGGCAUUGUCAUGUGCUUCAUUUUGUGACGAAAAUUGUGACGAAAGUAUAAAAUGCCGGGACAUGAGCACAUGGGUGAGGUAAAACGCUACGGUCGCCUACGUUGUGAUGAGGAGCAAAAACAAACCGAAUCAUAUUUAGACAUUCGUCCAUUUCCGGACAGGAUACUUCCGGUGAUAUUUAAUUGUGCAAACAUGCAAAUCUUUGUGAAGACCCUUACUGGGAAGACUACAGUUCUCAAGGUUGAGUGUACUGACACCAUUAAGGAUGUGAAGGCCAAAAUACAGGAAGGCAUUCCCCCUCACCAGCAAAGGCUGGUCUUUGCAGGCAAGCAGUUGGAAGAUGACCGAACCUUCUCUGACUACAACAUCCAGAAAGAGUCCACCCUUGACCAUGUCCUGGGUCUGAGAGGAGGAAUGCAGAUAUUUGUGAAGACACUCACUGGCAAAACUAUCACCCUUGAGGUUGAGGACAGUGACACGGUGGAGAAUGUGAAAGGCAAAAUCCAGGACAAGGAAGGUAUUCCCCCUGAUCAACAGAGGCUGAUAUUUGCUGGCAAACAGCUAGAAGAUGGUCGCACCCUCUCUGACUACAACAUACAAAAGGAGUCCACCCUCCAUCUUGUCCUGCGGCUGCGAGGUGGUAUGCAGAUAUUUGUGAAGACUUUAACUGGCAAGACCAUAACUCUUGAGGUUGAAGAAAGUGAUGCUAUUGAGAAUGUCAAAGCCAAAAUCCAGGACAAAGAAGGCAUUCCCCCUGAUCAGCAGAGGCUGAUCUUUGCUGGGAAGCAGUUGGAAGAAGGCCGCACCCUCUCUGACUACAACAUUCAGAAGGAGUCCACACUCCAUCUUGUCCUUCGUCUACGAGGUGGCAUGGAGAUUUAUAUAAAGACUCUUACUGGCUUCUGCAUUACUCUUGAGGUUGAGGGCAGUGACACAAUUGAAAUUGUUAAAGCAAAAAUCCAAGACAAGGCAGGUGUUCCCAUUCAUUUACAGAGGCUGAUUUUUGAGAGUAAACAGUUGAUGGAUCGCUGCGUUUUAUCUUCCUGCAACAUACACGACCAAUCUACCAUUCAACUUGUGCUCCGUUUGUUGGGCGGCAUGCAAAUCUUUGUCAAGACCCUCACUGGCAAAACCAUCACCCUUCAGGUUCAUGCCAAUGACACCAUUGAUAAUAUCAAGGCUCAAAUUCGUGAAAAGGAGGGCACUCCCCGAGACCAACAGAGGUUGAUAUUUGGCGGUAAACAACUGGAAGAUGAUCGUACCCUCUCUGAUUACAACAUCCGAAAAGAGUCCACCCUCCACCUUGUACUGCGCCUGAAAGGUGGAAUGCAAAUCUUUGGGAAGUCCAUAACUGGCAAAACAUUCCCCCUUGAUGUUGAGCCAAGGGAUUGUGUUGAGAAUCUGAAAGUCAAAAUCCAAGAUAUUGAAGGUAUUCCCUCUGGUCUGCAGAAGCUGAUCUUUCCUGAGCAACAGUUGGAAAAUGGCUGCACCCUCUCUGACAGCCACAUCCAAAAGGAGGUGACACUUCAUCUUGUUUUACAUAUAGGGGAGGGCAAUCAAAUCUUUGUGAAGACUUUAACGGGUAAAACCAUCACUCUUAAGGUUGAACCUAGUGACACAGUCGAGGAUGUGAAGAUCAGAAUCCAGGACAAAGAAGGCAUUCCCCCUGAUCAACAAAGCCUGAUCUUUGCUGGACAGCAACUGGAAGACGGCCGUACCCUCUCUGACUACACCAUCCAAAGGGAGGCAAUGCUCCAUCUUGUCCUGCGUCUCCGGGGUGGUAUGCAGAUAUUUGUAAAGACUUUGACUGGUAAAACCGUUACUCUUGAGGUUGAAUCUAAUGAUACAGUUGAGAAUGUCAAGACCAAAAUUCAGGACAAAGAAGGCAUCCCACCUGAUCAACAAAGGCUGAUCUUCGCUGGAAAACAACUGGAAGAUGGUCAUACUCUUUCUGACUAUAACAUCCAGAAGGAGGCUACACUUCAUCUUGUCCUGCGUCUAAGAGGUGGAAUGCAGAUCUUUGUAAAAACUUUGACCGGUAAGACCAUCACACUUGAGGUUGAGUCUAGUGAUACGAUUGAGAAUGUAAAGACCAAAAUCCAGGACAAAGAAGGCAUUCCCCCUGACCAACAAAGACUGAUAUUUGCUGGAAAGCAACUGGAAGAGGGUCGUACUCUAUCUGACUACAACAUCCAAAAGGAAGCUACACUUCAUCUUGUCCUGCGUCUACGAGGAGGCAUGCAAAUCUUUGUGAAGACUUUGACUGGUAAAACAGUCACUCUUGAGGUUGACGAGAGUGAUACAAUUGAGAAGGUUAAGACCAAAAUCCAGGACAAAGAAGGCAUUCCACCUGACCAACAAAGACUGAUCUACGCCGGAAAGCAACUGGCAAAAUAUCGUACUCUCGCUGAUUACAGCAUCCAAAAGGAAGCUACACUUCAUCUUGUCCUGCGUGUACGGGGAGGCAUGCAAAUAUUUGUCAAGACAUUGACAGGUAAAACUGUGACUCUUGAGGUUGAGGAUAGUGAUACUGUUGAGAAUGUCAAGACAAAAAUCCAGGACAAAGAAGGAAUUCCCCCUGAUCAACAAAGGCUUAUCUUUGCUGGAAAGCAACUGGAAGAUGGCCGUACCCUUUCUGACUACAAUAUCCAGAAGGAGUCCACCCUUCACCUUGUCUUGCGGUUACGUGGUGGCAUGCAUAUCUUUGUCAACACCCUCUCUGGAACAACUAUCACCCUUGAGGUUAAGGAUAGUGACACAGUUGAGAAUGUCAAAGUCAAAAUACGGGAGAAGCAAGGCAUUCCCCUGGAUCAACAGUUGUUGAUUUUUGCUGGAAAGCAAUUAAAAGAUGAUUACACCCUCUCUGACUAUAAUAUACAAAAGCAGUCGACCCUUCAUCUUGUUCUGCGUCUAAUAGGUGGCAUGCAGAUCUUUGUCAAGACGCUCACUGGAAAAACCAUCACCCUUGAGGUCGAGGACAGCGACACGGUUGAAAAUGUGAAAGUCAAAAUCCAGGAUAAGGAAGGCAUUCCCCCUGAUCAACAAAGGUUGAUAUUUGCUGGAAAGCAAUUAGAUGAUGGCCGCACUCUCUCUGACUACAACAUACAAAAGGAGUCUACUCUUCAUCUUGUCUUGCGUCUAAGAGGUGGGCACUAAAGCUACUCAGGAUUCUAUCUCUGCUUAAACCUCUCAAGUAUGUAUGUAGUGUGCUAAAUGACUGAAUAAAAUAUUAAACCCAAAGAAGGUCCGUUUCUUAUGUGGAUGUAAUGACUGAAAUUGCCUGGCAACCAGUUCAGGUUGUACCCUGCCUGCGACCCAUCGUCAACUUGGAAUCUUCGGCCACCCAACCAUCAUGAGGAUUAGCGGAAGAGAUGGACUGAUGAACGGGUAGUUUUCAAGACAAUUUAAGAUGAGUUUUUGGGGAGCCGUCAAAAUGUUUAAAAAAGAUCAUGCAUUUGAACAAAUGUAGUUCAGCUCAAUAUAACUUCAUAUUCACUGCGGACUAAGUUGUCUUCUUAUAUGUUAGUUACUUUCCAGGACUGGUAGUAUAUAAUGGUUGAUCGUACGGGGAAAGAUGACAUUUUAUCAGUGUUUUGUGUGGAAGCACACAGCGGAAUUGGAAACGAGUUGUCAAACAAGGGAGAAAAAAACUGCAUAUUAACAGUGUUGAGUGAAGUGAGGUUUACAAUUUAAAUAAAAAGCGGCAAAAGCAAAGAAGGGAAAAACGGAUGGAAAAUG